GUUGGAUGUCGGGAUCCUCGGUGGGCGAGCCACAACAGGACGAGGCCAGGGCACCUGUCGGCAGCAAGCCGUCACGUCGUAUUAUUCGGACCCUUUAGAGCACGCGUGACAUUUGCAGAUCAUGCGCUUUAUCAUCGAGAGUGGAAUGACGUUCAACUCCGUGAAGCUUGAAAGCUUCAAACGCAUGUUCACAAUGAUUAUCCCCCCUGUGGUUCAAGGGGCACCCACGCCCAGACUGCCCACGUACCACAUGGUGCGCACGACCCUUUUGGACGAGAUGGAUGCAAAGGUCCAAAAGUGUGUUCGCCCACUCCUUGACACGAUGACGGAGAGUGGUUGCACAAUCAUGACCGAUGGUUGGACUAACAUCCGGGGUCAAACAUUGUGCAACUACCUUGUCGGGACAAAUUUGGGUGCAGCGUAUGUGGCCACCGGCGUCAUGCAUGACAAGAAGGACGCCACUGCCCUCGCGACCACGUGGUCGAAGAGGGUGAAGUCCAUGAACGUGAAGUUGAGCGACAUCACAGCAUUUGUGACGGACUCCACUGGGGUAAACGUCGCGGCGAUGGAGGUUUUCCGGAAAGACGAGAGUGUCAAACACAUCUUUUGGAUUCCCUGCGUCCCCCAUGUGAUGGACCUCAUUCUCGAGGACAUCAGCAGGAUUCAUUGGGUGGCCACCCGCAUCGUGCAUGCGAGGUUGGCGACGAGGUUCUUCAAGCGUCGUGGCCACGCGCGAGAGGAUUUGGAGGUCUUCUCGAAGGAGACCUUUCUGCUUCCGGCUAAGACUUGUGACGACGACAGAGACGAUAGAGGUGACGGCGGAGGUGGCGGUGACGGGGGAGGGGGAGGCGACGGCAAAGGUCACGACGGAGGUGGCGGCGACGAGGGAGGUGAUAGCGGACGCGGGCACAAUGACAGAUGUGCCGGCGGAGGCGGCGGCAGCAGCAUCGAUGGAUGUCAUGGAGGAGGCAGCGAAGACGACAUAGGUGAUGGCGGUGGGGGGGACGACGAGGGAGCUCAUGGCAGAGCUGGUAGUGAGGACGCUCACGACAGAGUUGAGGAGUGUGUGGACGACGGUCGUGUAUGUGGUCGUGGCUUCGUCUUGAAGCAGUUGAGACGCGGGGCCAGACGGGAUAAUAGCAUAGACUCUCGUGUGUGCAGACGUCGUCUUCAGACUCUUCACGAUGCGACCGUCACAGAGGCACGCGUCAUGCAACACGAGCAGGUUGUCGUGUCUAAGGACUCCCAAUGCAACAUGCCGAACGAGGACUUCAUUCGUGGUGAUGCUAACAUGAGGGGCGUGGAGCGUCAGCCCAGUUUCAUUGAGGCGCUGACCACGUAUGUAGUCGCGGUGAUGUCAGCGCCGGAGGAGAGUGGAGCAGGGUUGACUCGUCUCGAGUCACCGGUGGCAUCGCCUUUUCCCCCCACCUGCGAGUUACUUGCCAUAGAGUCGGUCUUGGAUGGUCUGCCUGACGUAUCGGCUUUGAUAUCUCCCACUUUGGCAUUUGUGGCACCACCAGAGACUGCUCGGGCGGAUGACACGGAUGAAGUGUCUAGAGGAUUCGACAAGUUCACCGACGACACGAUACUGCAUCCCGAAGUCUCCGGCACUCCCGCCGUUUUUCAUGUGGGAGCACCGCACGCGCUGGACCAGGGUUUGGCGGAGCAGGUGGCACGGAACCGUCGUGGCGGCAUGCGCGUCGUGGCGCAACGCAAUGGUGGCGUGCCUGGCGUCAGCACUGGUAGGGACCACAAGCACAGAGGGUCAUCGGUUGUACAGCCUGGCGCUGACGGGCCCAUCGCACGUGGUGUCGGAGGCGGGCAUGCAGGUCACGCUCGACCGCAUGUCAUGGCGAUGCGUUCAGCACCCCCGCACCCCCAUGGCGUAGACCCUGCCACCCAGGGUUUGUCUGUGAGCACCUCAUUGUUGACGGUGUCGUUCUAUGACGACAUGACUAGGAACCGGAGGGCAGGCGACGAGGAACAUGCGUUAGCAUGUGGACCGACAGAUGUGCCUGCGGGGAUGCGAUCCAUAGGUCGCGUCGAUGGUGAUUGUCACGACUCCAUGAGAGCAUACAAGGAGCGACAUGGGAGGCCUUUGCGGACCAAGACAACGAAUGUCCACGACACCAAGACGGGCAGUCAAUCGAAGGCCGUACAACACUUCACAAUAAAGAACAACUGCGCUAAAGUCACCGCGGAGCAGCUCGUGGAGAUCUGGAACAAGACAAACUACCCGUUCGAUCAGAGCCACCAUCGGAAGAUCAUCGACUUCCUUAGGUCUCGUGGGUUUCGAGACAAUAGAAAUGGUUCAGGGAGGGAGCAGGCGGGGGAGGAGUCUGACGACAGUGAGAAGGAGAGGAGGGCGGCCGAGGGGGGAGGUGAUGAGAGUGCCAGUGAUUCACAGGUCAUGUACGUGCGGCGUGAGGCGGAGCGCGCCAGGGGAAAGAUGAGGGGGGAGAAGGCCUUUGCCGAGGACAGCACCCCAAACGAGCACGACGACGACGACGAUGACGACGACGAUCAGGGUGCAGACCUUGGGGCGUCUCUUGAUGGGGGUCUGAUGGCCGCUGGCCGUCGAGGCCAAGAGGGGGCUGCUAAAGCGAUGAAGGACGCCACUUCCAUGACAGAGACCUUCGAUCUGGCGUGGCAACGAGAUUUUACGAACGAGUUCCUACAGUGGUGGUACGUGAGUGGGAUUCCAUUCGAGGCGGCGAGGAGGCCGGAGUACCAGCGAGUGAGGAAGCGGUUGCUCAAAUGUCCGCCGUGUACACAUCCUGUGUUGCCCACGCACCGUCUCAUUUCCGGCGACGGUAUUCCACAGCAGCAGCGAGCUGUGGCGGAGAUGGUGGCGCCCGUCCGCGAGGACAUUGCGGCGACGGGAGCGACCAUCCUCACGGAUGGUCGCAAGUCCAUCACUAGCGACCAGAUCGUCAACUUACUUGUCGCUGGGCCCACGGGAGCCUACCUUUUCAGGACUGUGCAGCGCGAUGGUGUUGUCCAGGAGACAGCCAAGGUGGUGGUGGAGAGAUGGAAGGACGUGUUCGACAACUUCGGUGUCAAAAACGUUAACGUCAUUUGCACGGAUUCUGCGUCCGCGUAUGUGGCUGCAUCCAAGCUCCUUGCGAAGGAGGAGGUCAAGUACGAGGGGGGGCGCGUGAUGACUCGCAUGUGGUCGUGGGCACUUGCCAUGGUCGACAGGGCGGCGAGGGCAAGACUGAACAGGACGUCGAGGGAGGAGCUCAACAUCGUUGUUCAGGCUUGUGAGGCGCGGGCCGAUCAUAUGUUGGAGCCCGCACAUUGCAUCGCCCACCUCCUCAACCCUCGCCACAGGAGCAUUACGUAUUUUGGAGCGGCGAGGCACAGCGAGCAUGACAAGACACUCGCGGAGGAGUCACUUCGAUACCUUCGCCAGCAGACUGGGGGAGAUGAGGACUUGUAUCAGACGGUGUGCACGCAGUUGGCUGAGUUUCUUAGCCGGGAGGGCGAUUGGACGUACGGAGGGGUUGAGGGUGACAGGGACGCGGCCUCCUGCAGAGGGGAGAAGGAGACGUCGCAGGUGGGGCAGUGGUGGGUUCAGCACGGGGACGGGGUCCCUCUCCUUCAGACUUACGCCAUUCGCCUGACACACACGUGGAUGUGCGCCUCUCCAGCGGAGAGGAACUGGGUCGUCCAUGAGCGUGUUCAGGUGAAGAAGCGUAACCAGCUUGGUUUUAUCAAGCUGGCUCGUUUGGUGGAGAUAUCCAUCAACUUGAGAUUGAGUCGUUGUCACGGGAGGGGUUCAGGGUACAUUCUUCCAUGGGAGGACGAUGAGGAGGAGACAGAGGACAACAUUCCUCUGCCUCGUGACGAGGGUGUUCGACCAGCUGACCGAGUCACAGAGGUGCAGCGCGGGCGGAAGGAUCGCCUUUCCAGGGCUCCGCCCAGCGUCGAGACAUAUUUCGGUCGUCGCGCCACGGUGCUCAUGCUGACUGAGUUGGACGCCGUGUACGAUCCCGAGCCGGAUCCUAUGGCUCAGGACCUGAUGGAGGCGGAGCCGUGGUCCGAUCCAGACGACCUGGCAGUGGAGUCUGAGCCCGAAGAUUCUGAUGAUGGUGGCGACGAUGAUCCUAGCGCCGAGAUGUUGCGUCCUCGUGCUUCCACUGCAUCCGCUGUGCAUCCUCCUCCUCCCCCUCCACCCCCGCCCCCGAGUGCGCGUCCUUCCACUGCAUUCGCUGCGCAGCAUCCUCCUCCCCCUACACCCCCGCCCCCGAGUGUGCGUCCUUCCACUGCAGCCACUGCGCAGCAUCCCCCUCCACCUCCGCCUCCGCCUUCGAGUGGUCGUGCUCCCACUAGAGCCGAUGCGCAACAUCCCCCUCUACCUACAGAUCGUUCAGGACAUGGUGAGCAGGGGACUCGCGACAUUGUUGACGAGCGAGACGACGACGACGACGAUGAUAGAGAGGGGUACGAGGGCAGUAGUGAGGACGAGGAUGAUCCCGCGUAUUCCCCGAGACGCGGACGUGGUGACGACGACGACGACGACGACGACGAGGGCGGCGAUGGUACAAAGGCUGCAGGUGGUUUGCGGAGGUCGGGUCGACAUCAGUUCGCAACGGCGUCUGAGGAGGUCGCAGGGGGCUUUGCAGAGGUUGCUCGUGAGGCUGCGCAGGUUGGGAGGGCUUCUGCGCAGUUGGGUGUCUGUUUCAGUGGUAUUCUUGAUGUUUCGUUGGGGCAUCCUCCGACACCGGCAGGUGAGCGUGGCAGUGGUGACGCAGCGGCUACGCCCGUCAGUCAGAUACUCCAGGAUGUACUUUCAUUCAGCAUGGGUGACAUCAGUAGCAGCAUGUUGCAGGAGGCAGCAGCGGGGACAUAUUGUUCGUUGGGGCAGGAGGAGUGUGCAACAGGGGACGGUGGGGAUUGUCGACCUGAGCAGGAGCGAGCGCCAGAGUCGGAGCAGGACAGGAUCGACCGCGAUGAGAGGGAGAGGGCGCACGACUUGGCUAGCCGUUGCGAGCUGGCACAGAGUAUUGCGUCGAGGGCAUGGGCAGAGCGGAUGCGCGAGACGGGCGGUAGUGAGGGUCAUCAUGUGACGGACGAUGCAGUGCUUGAGUCCAUGACGGCGGAGGAGUUGGAGUGGCAGCUACGAGAGGACCCAUUGCAGGAAGAUCGGCGCGAACGGAUGGACGAGGCGUCGAGGAGGUUCAUGGCAGAGCGCCCAGCUUACGUGCCCUGCAGCCCGUCACUACCAUCGUCCACCACUGGUGCCACUACCUCCGUACAUGCUGAGGGUCCAGUCACGGGAUGGAUUACAUUACCGGCACCUGCAGAGUCUCCUUCUCCCAAAUCACGGAAGAAGAAGAUGAGAGCAGGUAAGAGUCUCAGUACUGUGAGAAGGGUGACGCAUGCGAUGCGGGAGACUCAGCCCGGGCUGGCCGGUUUACAUCCGCGGACUCGGGAGGCAUUGGCCCUGGACGUUGUCGCGGAGACAGUAGGUUGGCGGGAGAGGGGCUCCAGCCGGGCGACGGAGCAGCCCAUCACAGCACCUGCUGAGGCGGAGAUGCCAUGUACUGGGGGGCGCACAACAGGUAGGGGGGAGGAGGCGGAGCACAGCGGCCCCCCCGGGAGGAGCAUGGCCGGACGUAUAUUGGGGGAGGAUGUGAGGACGGUGCCUGCGCAGCGACCGUCACAGGCAGGAGUCGUUUUGGAGUCCGGUACCGAUGAUUUGGAGAUACCUCGUGGCCAGCGGAGGAGGGCUUCCGUGUACGACCUUCUUCGAGCACAGCACGGGGUUGACGCGGCGCCACAGGGGGGGGUUCAUCCUCCGGAUACUGCGCACGGGCCGGUUGGCGGCACAGGUGGCGGCGACGAUGUCAGAGGUGCGGUGCCGCAGAGGAGGAGGAAGAACAUUGUGGACGACGAUGAUGUUUAGUCCCACCAUUAGUCCUCUUUCAUCCUGUAUUUCUUAUUAGUGUAUAUUAUACUUAGUGCUUCGGAUGACGUCAUGUGUUCAUAGGUGUAGUGUUUAUUAGAUUUGUAUCUGUACGGAUGGUUAGACUACUGCACAGUUGUCCAUAUACAGGUGCAGUAGGUGCAGAUUGUUGUUUCUUUUUCGUUUUAUUUUUGCAUCGAUGUUUCAGAGGAUUGCACUCUAUAUUCAUACAUGGGCGCAACAUCUGCAGCGCUUGCAUUGUUUUUGUUUUCCUUCUACUUUGUUAUCGAUGUUUCAGACGAUUGCACAUUGUAUUCGCACAUUAUUUGAUUGAGUUCAAUCUUCAUGUUUCAUUUAUUGUUGUGUAUGUAUGGUGCAGUUGUUUCGUGUUGUUGUUAUGUUGCCCUGUAAUGUUGUACUUUCUAAAUUUCAGCAACGAUUGUCACUCGCACAUGAUCUUCAAUGAAUCAAUGCUUUUGAA